AUGCCUCCAAAGGAAAACGACCCCAACGGCCCGACCGCCACGCGCAAACGGAAAUCUGAGGGAGAUGACGAGAAUCCAAAGCCAAAAACAUCAUACAGAAAGCUAAUGCCUGCUUCUGAAAAGCCCAGGAGGAAUCCAGGCGAUACAAUGGUCCCGGACCAACAUCAUUCUCUUGGACAUGGUCCGGUUUCGAGGCCUCAAGGUCUUGCCGCUGUUCACAGUCCAGCAAUCCAACAAGAAGCAUCUGGUGCGCCAUCUUUUCCACGCUUAAUGCACCCUUAUGGAAGCCGCAAUGAGCAGGAAGCUCGAGAUUAUAUCUCGCAUUUAUAUCGAACGGGCAACAUGGGGCCUGCUGUGCCCUCAUCAGGGAUGAUGAGCUCUCAACCACCACUACCACCAAGCCAAAACGUUGAUGGCUUCGGAGUACCUAACAUUUGGUAUCCUGAGUAUGAAAGAAUGUUCCAGGAAUCCUUGACGCGUGAACAAGGGGGGUUCUUGAGUGAGCCCACCAGUAUGUUCAAUCUCAAUAUGGAUGGGGGUUACAACGGCGCAGACUUUGGUUGGAUGAGUAACACGGUCGUGAUGGAUCCACAAUUCUUUCCACAUCCUGCCCCGCUGCAAAAUGGUCACGAAAGCGCUGUAACAACGCCAGACACAAUCUUCUCUUUGGAUCAUGCUUCUGCCUCCUUCCCAGGUAGCUACGAUGGCACCAUUGAUCCAGCUAUCCUGUCAUCCGCAAACGAAGCUCCGCGGAUCGAUGAUAUGACCAUUCCGAUGAAUGCUGCCCAGGCGUUCAACAACACUGAGGAGGGUGGUGUGGACGUUGGCUCCAACGACCUCCUGCCUCAAAUCCAGGAACAACAGCCGCAACCUCCAUUCCAAACUCAGGGCAUCGACCUCCACCAGGAUGGAAGUUACAACCAGCAGCCACCUACAUAUGCCCAAUCAUAUGCUUCAGGUUACAUUGACAGCUACCCUUCGCAACAGCAGCAACCCUGGUCUAUGCCAAUCCACGCCAACGGCUUCCCUCUGGCACAGCCGCAAUCCUGGUAUAUGCCAAACUACACCUACGACACUUCACGACAGCAGGCACUACCUUCCUAUACGCCAACCUUCCCCCAUAUUCCUCUGCAACAACAGCAGCCGCUACCCUCGUAUGCUCCAUCCUCCCUUAGUGAUCCUCUGCAACAGCAGCAGAGACGACACCCAUAUAUGUCUCUUUACGCCAACCGCCAUCCGCAACAGCACCGACCAGCUCCACAACGCCCUCCAUGGUACCAGUCCUCCCAUGCGUCGCCCACUCAGUUCAACAACAUUGUCGGCCAGAACAUCAUGUUGAACCAUGUCCCCUCAUUGUUAUCGUUGUCUGUCCCGCACAAAAAUCCCGCCAGUCCUGAUAUCGGACAACAAAAUUAUGUGCAACAACCGCAGGUAGAAUCGACAAGCGGACAGAAUGAAGCGGCGAAAGAAGAGGAGGAAUCUUUUCUCGAGGGCCUUGUUACCGAGGAUGUAAAGGAGGAAUAG